AUGGUUCCCAAAGGAAUUUCGAUUAGAUGUUUCUCUCAAACGCGUUCAGCGUGGAACCUUUGCUGGCCUAGUAGUCAAUUUGGACCUCAUCGAGUACAGAGGUCAGAAAUGCUGAACGGCAUCAAGAUAGCAGCGGCUAAGACUGCCGGCACCCCUAUAGCUGCUUGCACCGUUAUGUUUCAGGCAGGGUCUCGCUUUGAAACAAACGACGAUCUAGGAUCUGGUCACUUUGUUCGAGUAACCACGCCGGCGUCCGGCUGCGGUUACACAGCUUUCUCUAAGACGAGGGUUCUGCAGCAGCUUGGAGCACACCUUACCUGCACAUCUAAUAGGCAGUACAUCGCCUUUACACUCUGUUGUCCAUUGCCUUCGUUCAAGGCUGUCAAGUAUUAUCUACUGGACACUGCGGCUCGAUCCUGUUACAACGAAUGGGACAUCGAGGACGGCAAGCCGAUAGUUCUCGAUGACCUCUUCAGAAUUACACCAGAGCAACGGGUUAUAGAUCUUGUUCAGCGAGCGUGCUGGGCAGGACCCCUGAGUAACUCUAUCUACUGCGAAGAGGAAAGGGUAGACGACAUGUCGCGGUCAACUUUGUGCUCCUUCGUAUACAAUAACUUCAAGUCCACUGAAUGCUCGGUUGCCAGUGUAGGCGUGCCCUUCGACGAGACUUUAAAGAUUGCCGACAAAAUUGAAAUUACGCGAUGUAAGCCACCGGAACGCGAAGUAUGUAUGUCACAACCGCGUGGUGGGUUUGAAUAUUACGAAACGGGUUCCGGCAGUGACACCUGCAUAGCUGCUGUAGUGCCUGGCUGUGGAGCAUCUGAUAUUACGUUAGUGAUUGCGUUGGUUGAUCAACUAGUGUGCCUGUUUAAACAUGCAAUCAUUGCAGCUGCAUGCGGCACAGGUUCUGUGCAAACUGGGCAGCACGACCUUGACUAUACACCGCAUGGACCUUUGGGUCUCAUGUCGGGAGCUGAUGUUCACACGAGGUUUAGGGCCUUUAACAUAUCGUACGAUGACACUGGAGUAUUUGGAAUAUUGUGCAACACACGUGCGAAGACCGCAUACAACUCGACGUGUGCUCUAGUUGAAUUCCUCUGCAAUGUUGGAGAUCUGGACUUUCGACAACUCGAAAUUGGCAAAAAGCGAUUAAAACUUGAUCUAGCGCUCCAUGACCAAGAGGCGGCUCCAUCAUCAGAAGGUCUGGCGUUGCAGCUUGCUUGCGGCGUACAACUUGACAGCAUUCAUGAUGCACUUGCGCUUAUAGAUAGCAUUAGUGUCGAUGAAUUGUCCUGCACUGCUAAAUGUCUUUCAUCCAAACGUCACGAAUUGGCAAUAGCGGCUGUCGGCGAUUGUGGCGCUGUACCACAAGAACUUUUCAGUGGAUAG